AAAAAGAAGAUCUGCUGACAUUUUUUUAAUAAGAAAUACUCUGCUAUGAAGAUUCAUCUUUUUUUCUUUAUUCUACUAUUUUGGGUCACAGUUUUACCAGCCAAAAGUGACUUUUCACCAAAGUAUAGAUUUGAGAGAUGCCAAAAAGUGAGAGGAAUAUGCAAAACAUUUUGUGAUGAUGAUGAGUAUGAUUAUGGAUACUGCAUUAAAUGGAGAAAUCAAUGCUGCAUUUAA